AUGACCGAAAAGGAGGUACCAUUAAGUGCUUUAGAUGCAGGGGAAUUAGAGUUGUUUAUUCAGAGUAUGACACCGUGGCCGAUAGAAGCUAUCGGCAAUCAAGCGUGGACUGAUUGGCACAUACGACUUCAAAAAUUAAAUCAACAAGCAGUCUUAGAAGCGUCUACUAUGCAAGAAGAGCUAACAAAAGAGACUCUCAUAUCUUAUGGCAAGCUACCGAAUUUAGUUUAUGAAGUGAUAUGUAUUCAAGUAUGGCGUCUCAAAAUAUAUCCACAGAUUAUGAAGCUUGAACCGGCGCCUGCAAACACUUUUGGAAUAUAUAUGGUUUUAUAUCAUGAAGCAGCUGCAGUAGGACUUUUGGAAACGGUUUUAUUUCACGAAGAUGGCGCUCAAUGUAUCAGCGAAGUAGUGAUAGAUCUUCUUAAUUAUGCUGUUGACCAAUUAACAGCUCUGGUUGCUCUUAUCAACAAAGGAUAUUUAAAGCCUGUUACUACCAAAGAGUUGGAAUGUGAAACGACUCCCGAAGAAUUAGAACGGCAGAAGAAUGAUCUGCAGUUCGAUAUAAGCAUGAGAUGUAUUUCUAUCGUGCGUUAUAUCGCAGAGCAUAUGGAAGUGGCGGGAGUGGGCGCUUCGAUUUCAACUAAUUUAUAUAAAACUUUCGACGUUCCUUCUAUUUUGUGCCAUCUUCUACAGUUGGAACCAUGGAAGAAAGUUAAUGAUAGGGGAGAUCUUCAGAUAUUUAAUUUCGGUCGUUGGUCGAAACCAUCAGCCGACGAUCUUUCUCAACUUCAUAGGAGUGAGGCGCAGUUGUGGUUGUGUUUACGACAGCUUUUAUUGGAGCCUCGUCUAUCCCAUUACUAUACUAUUGAUGAGUGCCGACGUUCAGCUUUUUGCGCGCUGCAAGCAAAACUAAGUGACGCCGUAUUGGACCAAGUUCCACCUUUGGUAGACCUCAAGAUGUUUUUAUGUCGUCUAGCAGUAGGAGAUUAUUCCAGUCUUCAUACUCGGACUAACGGCGUCAAAAACCCAGGAUGUACGCUGAUUGAAGUUGUGCCUCAGAUCAAGGAAAAGUACCUCAAAGAAGUACACAAGAAGACUAAAACGUUAGCUAAAGCUCAAUUGGAUCAUUUUAAUAUGGACGGGUCUGAUGCGUCAAGGAAUAUGGCCAAGAAACUCCUGGAUUCGUAUACUAGUGAUGCUGCGCUUGCGUUGGACAGUGGAGGCGCGAAGUGUGCCAAAUGUGGGGAUAAAGCUAGCAAGAAAUGUUCGAGAUGCAAGACGGAGUGGUAUUGUGGCAGGUUGGCAAUAUUGUAG